UUAGUUUAAGCUUUGGUAUACUCUUCACGGUUUUGAAUUUAUGAUUUCUGUGGUUGGGUCUGUUUCUCUCACUGCAAAGUGGAAGGAAAGCUGCAUAUAGUUGUCAAAGUUGCCCACGGGGGAAUUCUACAAUCCAGCUUUUUGUCAGUGAAUCCUUUUAUGGCGCGGAGUAGCUUUGAGGGACGUCCCAAAGCAAGAUGAUCGAUCAAUUCAUUAAUUGCGUGAUUCGCCCUCCCAGGGCAGACUAUAACCCAGAUCAGUAUUUAUGGGAAAGGGAUUUCACUCUUGCAGGCAGAGCAUACAAACGACAAGACUUGGAGCUUACGAAUGCUAGAGGCCAUAGCUUGCGGUGUACUCAUUACCUUCCUUCACCUUUCCCAGAGGAUUCGUCUCUACCUUGUGUUGUAUAUUGCCAUGGAAACAGUGGAUGUAGGGCAGACGCAAAUGAAGCUGCUCUAAUUCUUCUUCCUUCAAACAUCACCGUUUUUACUCUUGAUUUUUCGGGUUCAGGCUUGUCUGAUGGUGACUAUGUUAGCCUUGGUUGGCAUGAGAGGGAUGACCUCAAGGUCGUGGUUUCAUAUCUAAGAAGCAACAAACAAAUCUCGCAUAUAGGUCUUUGGGGGCGAUCUAUGGGAGCGGUUACUUGCCUUCUUUAUGGAGCGGAAGACCCUUCUGUUGCUGGAAUGGUGUUGGAUAGUGCCUUUUCAAACUUGUAUGUUCUAAUGAUGGAGCUAGUGGAUGUUUACAAGAUCCGGCUUCCUAAAUUCACUGUUAAGAUGGCAGUACAAUACAUGCGCCGGAUGAUUGAGAAGAAGGCAAAGUUUGAUAUCAUGGAUCUUAAUUGCUUACAGGUUGCACCCAAAACAUUUAUUCCUGCUUUAUUUGGACAUGCCAAGGACGACAAGUUCAUCCAAACCAGCCAUUCUGAUCUCAUCUACAAGUCCUAUGCAGGGGACAAAAAUAUUAUAUUUUUCGAUGGUGAUCACAAUUCCUCUCGGCCACAGUUUUAUUAUGAUUCUGUUUCAAUUUUCUUUUAUAAUGCUCUUCAUCCCCCACAAGUAUCUUCUUCUCAUUCAUAUAAGCCUGAGAAAUAUUAUGAUCUAGAGGAUUUGGAGUUUGGUGCUGAUUUGGAUGAGGGUCUGUUACAUAAGAUAAUCAGUGGUGUUCAUUCUGCGGGUACUGAUGCUGCAAGUUCUUCUUAUGCUCCUGCAGCCAUUGCCACCAAAAAGUCUGUGGGAGACCUUCUGUCUGAAAUUGCACCAAUCACUCCUAUAGUUGACCCUGUGCAUGAUGAAGAUGGCACACUUAACUGUCACGAUAUGUCAAAUCUACAGGAUCGGCCAAAGGGUCAGAAUGAAGAAUGCUGUUCAUAUACAAGUUCAAAUAGAGAGAGUUGGGGAAGAUGCUCUUCAUUAGGAGGCAGUGAUGGAGAAUCAUCUGACUGCACAGCUGUUGACAAUGGUCAUGGGGAGUAUACAAGAUCCCUUCAACAUGAGCAACAAAAAUCACCGGACAUGAAGAAAGAGGUGAAGAAAAAGAAGAAAGUUCCAAUUGCUCCAAAGAAACCCAAAAGUGAGAAAUUUGAAAAGUUAGAGGCCCUUGGCAAAAGAUUGCGUCUUUGCAUCCUGAAGCGAGUAAACCAUCGGAGGCACCACACUUGAUGACUCCCCUAUACAACAGUUGUUUGUAACUAGGAUGAAUGAUUGUUCCAUCUUCAAUUGUUACUUUUCGCUGAUGCCGUUCCUUUUGAUUAUUAAAAUGUCUAGUUUUCUUUUCCUAAUUCCAGUGUCACUUUGGCGGGAAAUGAGGUUUUAUGAU